AUGUCCAAGCCACCCUCCGCCUUCGACGCCAUCAUGUCCGGCGCCCGCGCCGCCGCUAAGAAGGAGUCCCAAUCCAAAUCCCGAGAACCGAAACCUCCAUCAAUCUCCAAGAAAAGAAAAUCCCCACAGUCCACUUCCUCACAAAACCCUAAAAACCUCAAAUCCCCUUCUCCGCCCACAACCGCUGAACUGGAACAAGCAAUAAAACCGGAAGAAACCGUUAAACCGGAAAAAACUGUUAAACCGGAAGAAACUGUUGAACUGAAAGAAGCCGUUAAACCGGAGCCGUGGAAGGUUGGUUUCCUGUCGUCUUCUUCUUCGAAUGUGAAGACCGUGGAGCUGAAGAAGCAGGUUCCGCAGCUGAAGAAGAAACCCUCGAGUUUUGAUCCCGCUUCGGUGACUGCAUGGGAAAAGGGACAGCCCGUGCCGUUCCUCUUUCUGGCCUUGGCCUUUGACAUGAUUUCUCAAGAAUCUGGAAGAAUCGUUAUCACUGACAUUGUUUGCAAUGUGCUGCGGACUGUGAUGCACCUCACGCCGGAGGAUCUUGUUCCCGUCGUUUACCUCUCCGUUAACAGUAUUGCGCCGGCGCAUGAAGGGCUGGAAUUGGGAAUAGGCGAGUCGAUCAUUUCCAAGGCGCUCGCUGAGGCCUAUGGAAGGAAUGAGGGGUGGAUUAAGACUCAGUAUCAGAAAAAAGGGGAUUUGGGCUUGGUUGCCAAAGAGAGCCGUUCGUCUCAGCGUAUGAUGAGGAAGCCUGAAGCAUUGACUAUUAGGAAGGUUUUCAACACGUUUCGUCUUAUUGCUAAGGAAUCUGGAAAAGACAGUCAAGAUAAAAAAAAAAGUCAUGUCAAGGCACUUCUUGUUGCUGCAACUGACUGUGAACCUCAAUAUCUAAUUCGUUUGCUACAGGCAAAGUUGCGAAUUGGUUAUGGUGAGCAAACACUCUUGGCUGCAUUAGGCCAAGCUGCAGUAUACACUGAGGAGCACUCUAAGCCACCUCCUGACAUUCAGUCUCCUUUAGAUGAGGCUUCAGAGAUUGUUAAACAAGUCUAUUCUGUUCUCCCAGACUAUGACAAAAUAAUAUCUGCACUGUUUGCGGAGGGUCUAUGGAUGCUUCCAAAGAAUUGUAAAUUUACUCCUGGUGUUCCAAUUAAGCCUAUGCUGUCAAAGGCAGCAAAGGGUGUAUCUGAAAUUCUAAACAAAUUUCAGGAUGUGGAGUUUACCUGUGAAUACAAAUACGAUGGAGAGCGUGCCCAGAUACAUUACCUGGAAAGUGGCUCAGUUGAGAUUUACAGUAGACAAUCAGAACGGAACACUGAGAAGUUUCCUGAUGUUGCUGCUGCUGUUUCAAGGUAA